AUGGAAAUAGAUACUGAAAAUCAAACAAAUGAAAAGGAAAAAAAUGGCGCUGUUAAAAUUUGUACGAGUGAAAAUGAAAAACAAAUUGAUGUAAAUGAUAUACCUUUUAAAAUAAACCAAAAUAAGGAUGACCAAGAUUCUAAAACAAUGGAAGCAGAUACUGAAAAUCAAACAAAUGAAAGGAAAAAAAGCGCUGUUAAAAUUUGUACGAGUGAAAAUGAAGUAAAUCAUGAUUCUCGAAAAGAUGCUAACUUAGAUAAAACUCCUAUAAUGGAUAAUGAAAUACAAAUUAAAACACCACAGGAACAAAUUGAUGUAAGCGAUAUACCUUUUAAAAUAAACCAAAAUAAAGAUGACCAAGAUUCUAAAACAAUGGAAGCAGAUACUGAAAAUCAAACAAAUGAAAAGAAAAAAAAUGGCGCUGUUAAAAUUUGUACGAGUGAAAAUGAAGUAAAUCAUUAUUCUCGAAAAGAUGCUAACUUAGAUAAAACUCCUAUAAUGGGUAUACUAAUUAAAACCCAACAGAAACAAAUUCAUGUAAAUGAUAUACCUUUUAAAAUCAACCAGAAUAAGGAUGACCAAGAUUCUAAAACAAUCGAAACAGAUACUGAAAAUCAAACAAAUGAAAAGGAAAAAAAUAGCGCUGUUAAAAUUUGUACGAGUGAAAAUGAAGUAAAUCAUGAUUCUCGAAAUGAUGCUAACUUAGAUAAAGGUCUGAUAAUGGGUAUACUAAUUAAAACCCAACAGAAACAAAUUGAUGUAAACGAUAUACCUUUUAAAAUCAACCAAAAUCAGGAUGACCAAGAUUCUAAAUCAAUGGAAGCAGAUACUAAAAUCAAACAAAUGAACAGGAAAAAAAUGGCGCUGUUAAAAUUUGUACGAGAACAAAUUGAUGUUAACGAUAUGCCUUUUAAAAUAAACCAAAAUAAAGAUGACCAAGAUUCUAAAACAAUGGAAGCAGAUACUGAAAAUCAAACAAAUGAAAAGAAAAAAAAUGGCGCUGUUAAAAUUUGUACGAGUGAAAAUGAAGUAAAUCAUUAUUCUCGAAAAGAUGCUAACUUAGAUAAAACUCCUAUAAUGGAUUCUAAAAUAAUGGAAGUAGAUAUUGAAAAUCAAACAGAAGAAAAGAACAAAAAUUGUGCAUAUAGAACCUGUACGAACGAAAAUGAAGUAUAUCACGUUUCUCAAGAAGAUGCUGUCCUGGAUAAAACUCCAAUAAGGAAAAUAAUCAGUUUUACCCCACAGGAAAAUAUCGAUAUAAACGAUGUCAUAAACUUGGAUUAUAAUAAUGGCUUGUCGAAUACCAUGUCACCUUAUAAAAUUUACCAAAAUAAAGAUGUCCAACACCCUAAAAUAAUGGAAGUAGAUACCGAAAAUCGAACAGAUGAAAAGGAAAAAAAUGACAGGUCUAGAACCUGUACGAUCGAAAAUGAAGUAAACCAUGAUUUUCGCGAAGAUGGUGCCCUAGAUAAAAUCCUAACAAGGAAAAUAUUCAGUACUACUCCACAUGAAGAUAGUGAUGUAAAUGACGCCACUAACAUUGAAUAUUAUAAUGGUUUAUCGCAUAAUAUAUCACCUCAUGAACUCUGCCAAAAUAAGGAUAUUCAAGACACUAACAUAACGGAAGUAAUUACUGAAAAUCGAACAGAUAAAAAGAAAAACAAUGAUGAUAUCUAUACUAAUGCAAAUGAAAAGAAAUAUGAUUCUAGAGGAGAUGUUUCUACAAAUGCGAAUGAAAAAAACUAUUUAGAAAAAAAUGUUACAAAAAAAUCAGGUGUUGCGAAAAAACUCAUUUACAUCUGUUCGCCAAAAAUGAAAAGAAAUGCUAUUAAAUUCAAUGACUCAGAUACGAAUAUGCCAUUUCAUGGCCAGAUUAUGAUAAAACAAGGUGAUGACAUAUUAUCAAAUGAAUAUCUUAAAACAAUCAAGUGGAAUGACAAUGAGUGUAAUUACAAUGAUAUGCCAUAUAAAGAUUUUUUGGGUGUUUUAAGUGCUCUUACACCAGAAGAAUUUACAGCAUAUCAGAGACUCGCUGAUGAAGCAGAAUCAGAAUUAGAUGAUGAAAGCCACUCAGAAUUUAAAAACGAUUUAUCAAACAUAUCUGUAAUGAAAUCACACAAAACAUCAGCAAAUUUACCAAAAUUAAAUAAACACACAACUGUUGCUCUAAAACAAUUAGAGCAAAAUUUCACUGAACAAAGGAAAAUAAAGCUAUCAGUCAAGACAAUUCAAAUAAGAAAGAAGAAAAUAAAAAAACAUUUGGCGCCGAUUACUACAGAAAAUGAUGAAAGUAUCGUUUCAACGCCUGGUUAUACACUGGAUAAUGGAACAAAUGUUACUGGUAACUUCACCAAAUCGAACAAAAAAGAAAAUAAUAUUACUCAAGACAAAACGACUAGGAAAGAAGAAAAUAAAAAGUAUAAGACGCCACUGCAUAUUGGAACGAAAGUUAUUGAUAAUAUUACCAAAUCGAACAAUAAACAAAAUAAUACUAUCAGUCAAGACAAUUCAAAUAGGAAAGAAGAAAAUAAAGAACAUUUGGCGCCAAGUACUACAGAAAAUGAUGAAAAUAUCGUUUCAACGCAUGGUUAUACACUGGAUAAUGGAACAAAAGUUACUGGUAACUUCACCAAAUCGAACAAAAAAGAAAAUAAUACCAUUACUCAAGACAAAACGAUUAGGAAAGAAGAAAAUAAAAAGCAUAAGACGCCACUAAAUAUUGGAACGAAAGUUAUUGAUAAUAUUACCAAAUCGAACAAUAAAGAAAAUAAAGCUAUCAGUCAAGACAAUUCAAAUAAGAAAGAAGAAAAUAAAAAACAUUUGGCGACGAUUACUACAGAAAAUGAUGAAAGUAUCGUUUCAACGCCUGGUUAUACACUGGAUAAUGGAACAAAAGUUACUGGUAACUUCACCAAAUCGAACAAAAAAGAAAAUAAUACCAUUACUCAAGACAAAACGACUAGGAAAGAAGAAAAUAAAAAGCAUAAGACGCCACUGAAUAUUGGAACGAAAGUUAUUGAUAAUAUUACCAAAUCGAACAAUAAAGAAAAUAAAGCUAUCAGUCAAGACAAUUCAAAUAAGAAAGAAGAAAAUAAAAAACAUUUGGCGCCGAUUACUACAGAAAAUGAUGAAAGUAUACUUUCAACGCCUGGUUAUACACUGGAUAAUGGAACAAAUGUUACUGGUAACUUCACCAAAUGGAAUAAAAAAGAAAAUAAUACCAUUACUCAAGACAAAACGACUAGGAAAGAAGAAAAUAAAAAACCUAAGACGCCACUGAAUAAUGGAACAAAUGUUACUGGUAACUUCACCAAAUCGAAUAAAAAAGAAAAUAAUACCAUUACUCAAGACAAAACGACUAGGAAAGAAGAAAAUAAAAAACCUAAGACGCCACUGAAUAAUGGAACGAAAGUUAUUGAUAAUAUUAUCAAAUUGAACAAUAAAGAAAAUAAAACUAUCAGUCAAGACAAUUCAAAUAAGAAAGAAGAAAAUAAAGAACAUUUGGCGCAGAUUACUACAGAAAAUGAUGAAAAUAUCGUUUCAACGCCUGGUUAUACACUGGAUAAUGAAACAAAAGUUACUGGUAACUUCACCAAAUCGAACAAAAAAGAAAAUAAUACCAUUACUCAAGACAAAACGACUAGGAAAGAAGAAAAUAAAAAGCAUAAGACGCCACUGAAUAUUGGAACGAAAGUUAUUGAUAAUAUUACCAAAUCGAACAAUAAAGAAAAUAAAGCUAUCAGUCAAGACAAUUCAAAUAAGAAAGAAGAAAAUAAAAAACAUUUGGCGCCGAUUACUACAGAAAAUGAUGAAAGUAUACUUUCAACGCCUGGUUAUACACUGGAUAAUGGAACAAAUGUUACUGGUAACUUCACCAAAUGGAAUAAAAAAGAAAAUAAUACCAUUACUCAAGACAAAACGACUAGGAAAGAAGAAAAUAAAAAACCUAAGACGCCACUGAAUAAUGGAACAAAUGUUACUGGUAACUUCACCAAAUCGAAUAAAAAAGAAAAUAAUACCAUUACUCAAGACAAAACGACUAGGAAAGAAGAAAAUAAAAAACCUAAGACGCCACUGAAUAAUGGAACGAAAGUUAUUGAUAAUAUUAUCAAAUUGAACAAUAAAGAAAAUAAAACUAUCAGUCAAGACAAUUCAAAUAAGAAAGAAGAAAAUAAAGAACAUAUGGCGCAGAUUACUACAGAAAAUGAUGAAAAUAUCGUUUCAACGCCUGGUUAUACACUGGAUAAUGUAACAAAAGUUACUGGUAACUUCACCAAAUCGAACAAAAAAGAAAAUAAUACCAUUACUCAAGACAAAAAGACUAGGAAAGAAGAAAAUAAAAAGCAUAAGACGCCACUGAAUAUUGGAACGAAAGACAAUUCAAAUAGGGAAGAUGAAAAUAAAGAACAUAUGGCGCAGAUUACUACAGAAAAUGAUGAAAAUAUCGUUUCAACGCCUAGUUAUAUUCUGGAUAAUGGAACGAAAGUUAUUGAUAACAUCACCAAAUCGAACAAUAAAAAAAAUAAUACUAUCAGUCAGGACAAUUCAAAUAGGGAAGAUGAAAAUAAAAAACAUAUGAUGCCACUUACUACAGAAAAGGAUGAAAGUAUGGUUUCAACGCCUAGUUAUACAAUGAAAAAUGAAAUGGAAAUCACUCAAGGCAAAUCGGCUAGGAAAGAAGGAAAUAAAAAGCAAAUGACACCAAUGAAUAAUGGAAGGGAAGUUAUUGAUAACAUCACCAAAUCGACCAAAAAAGAAGAAAAUAGAAAGAAUAUGUCGCCACUGAAAAAUGGAACGAAAGUUAUUGAUAUCAUCAUCAAAUCGAAUAAUAAAGAAAAUAAUACUGAUACUGUUGUCAAAUCAAACAAAAAAGAAGAAUCGGAUUUAAAUAUUGUUUAUGGCAAAUUAAAAUACAAUAAUAAUUACAGCGCAAAGCGCGAAAUAUAUGUUGACAAUGGCGAUCAGAAAGAUAUGGAAGAUACAGAAGAAAUCAAGAAAUUUUAUGAUGAUAAUGAAGACCUUUUUAAAGAUUAUAAUCCUACGGAAACAAAUAAAGAUGAUAGAGUAAUUAAUCCCGAGAAAGAAUCUAAUUUGCACGCACAACAAAUUAAAUCAGGGCAAAAUACCACUCUUCAUAAAAACAGUUUGUCUUCCAAUUAUUCUGCCGAUUCUAUGGAUAGCUUUCAAAGAUUAUCAAGGAAUUCAGCAAGUGCGGUACAACAAAAUAAGACAACAAAUGCGGAAGAAUCAAUUGCAUUUGCAGAAAAUUCUGAACAGCCAGCCCAUACGGGUCUAUUACCAUUAGUGAUCAGCGAAGAAUUACGUAAACAUGGCGAUGAUGAUGAGUGGAAAGAGCAAAUGAUAAAAAAUAUAACUGACCAAAUCGAUACGGGGCGUCUUAAAGUUAGUGGAAACAGAUGGCCAUUAAAGCUGAGAGCAAUGAAAAAUGAUAAACUCAAUAAACUCAAAAAUAAGAAAAAAGGCUUUUCCAGAACGCAAGCAAAUUCUGUAAUCGGUAUAGAAAAAAACAAGUUCCUUAAACAAUUUGAUGAAAUGCUCUUUCAUAAUAACACAGCUGUCUUCACUGAAAGUAUGCAAUUAAGCUCAGAUGGCACAACUACUAUUGAAUAUCAGCCAAAUAUACCACUCAAUUUUCCAGUUACGAAAAUUGAAAAGUACAUAAACCACGCCGAAGAAAAGACAAAUGCAGGAAAUGAUCAUAGAAAUAAAAGCAUUAUUAUAAUGGAACAAGCUAGUAAACAAAAUUCUAACUUGCAACAAAGUAUAGAUGUAAUAAAUCCAACGACUCUCAGAAGUAAUGAACUCGCUAGUGAUGAUUUAAUUCGUCAAGAAAAUGAAACACGAAUUGACACGCCAGAUUUCAUAGAAGUUUUAGUCCAGAAUUAA